AUGUUGAGCAACGCAUUCCGAAGACGGGCUCUGCCAUCCGCGGUGGCGGCCUCAUGUCCUAUGCCUCUCGCCGCACGUACAACAGCUGCUUCCGGCGCCAGAUUUCUCAGCGACAAGCCCGGCCUGGCAUCCACGGACAUCAGGGACAUUGCAGAUGCCAAGAAGACCAACCCACCGCAGCCGAAGAUUUCCAACGCCAGCGUCAACGGAGAGAAGCUUACGGAGGAGCAACAGCGAGAGGUGGACGAGCACAACAAGGACUUUGAGAAGAAGCAUGACUCAGCGCCAGCUGCUGAGGACGACAAGGUCGAUAAGAAGUUUUGGUCGAAUAAGUAA